GAUGGGUGCGAGGCAAAGAGGGGCGUUGGUUGCAUCUGGUGAGAGGGGAGGGCGAGAUGCUGAGAUCCAGCUCCUCGCCGCGGGACGCGCCGACCUCGCCGCCGCCGUCGAGUCCAACGGUGGGUGGUUGUGGCUCUCCCUCGGAUGGUCUUCUAACGAUGCGCAGCCGUCGAGCGGCCCGGGCGUGCACCCUGACUAUCCGCCCGAGGUGCGUGCUUCUGGCCUAGCACCGACCGCCUUCAACCACGUCGUCGCCACCUAUAAGGAACUUCAAGACAACAAGGGGCAUCAGGCUCUACACAUUCAUCUUUGAUUUUCUCCCCAAAUCUGAAAUUGUUGGACCCCUAAAUUUUAAUCCCCUUGAGAAAGCAAGAGUAUUCAUGGAAUAUGGUCUAUUGAUGUUGACAAAUUUUAUUACAGCUGGGACUGGCAAAGUAAGUGCAGCGCUCACCAUCGCACAUAUAUUCAGGGAAAAAUCAAACUUCAGUCAGAAGAAGAUGACCAGGCAGGAGCUAUAUCCCUCUUGAAAGUUCAGAUCCUGACUUUUAUUGAUGGGAAGAGUUUAAGUGUGGGAUUUAUGUUACCAAAUCCAUUUGAUCUACUGUUUGGCGCUGAUUCAAAUGCUCUUGAUUUGGCUCUCCAUUUGUUAUUUGCAUUAUGUACCCCAUGCUAAUGAAAGGUAAGCUCGACAAACAAAUUAGUGUAGAUCCCUGUUUUCUGGGUAAUUGGUAUCAUUUUGUGAGUCAUUUGCCUUUCAGAGUUAGUGUGAUGUAGAGUACUGGGUCUUGUACAUUGUUACUGUUUCAGAUUUUGUAACUUACAGAAGAGACGAGUAAGGCUGGUAAUUAAGAACUUCCUGCAAAGAACUAACGUUUUAAGUUGGAGAGGGAUGCCUACACGCCUGAUUUAAUAAUAGCAACAUUUGCAAGGAUGCAAA